AUUAAUGGAUCAGAUACAGGCAAUGUAAAUAUGAUGAAUUAUAAUUUUAUAAUCUAAACAAAGACAUGUCGCAAAGUUUUUAAUUUAUUGACAUACACAAUCAAAAUGGUCGAAACUAUCAUUGUUUCGAUUAUGGCAACCAAUCAAAAAUCGCAGAGAAGAAGGAAGCAAUAAACCUAGCCACCAAGACAGCAAGCAUUUUAAUGCGAAAGGUAGCCAUUCUCUAUAACUGGGCAAAGUUGAUUUUCGCUACAAUGACAAUUGUAGACAAGAUAAAGACCCCUACGGGAACAAUCGAUUUAGUGGAAAAUCCUGCCAUUUAACCAUUCAAAUUCAAUAUUGAAAAUUCUGGUUGCCUUGAAAGCAGCGUCGAGACAAAAAAGCAAGAAAGAACAAAAGGAAAAGGCAAAAGGAAGAAUGAAUAAGAGGAGCCAAAAACGAAGAAGCAAGAAUGAUGAAGCAAGAGUAAAGAAGCAAGAAGCAAGAAUGAAGAAGCAAGAAGCAGGAAGCAAGAAUAAAGAAGCAAGAAGCAAGACGCAAGAAGUAAGAAUGAAGAAGCAAGAAGCAAGAAUGAAGAAGCAAGAAUGAAGAAGAAAAAGCAAGACGCAAUAAGUAAGAACGAGGAGGCAAGAUACAAGACGCAAGAAGCAAGAAUAAUGUUGCAAAAAAUAAGAAGCAAGAAUGAAGGAGCAAGAAUGAAGAAGCAAGACGCAAAAAGUAUGAAUGACGAGGAAAGAAGCAAGAAUGAAGAAGCAAGAAUGAAGAAGAAAAAGCAAGACGCAAUAAGUAAGAACGAGGAGGCAAGAUACAAGACGCAAGAAGCAAGAAUGAUGUUGCAAAAAAUAAGAAGCAAGAAUGAAGGAGCAAGAAUGAAGAAGCAAGACGCAAAAAGUAAGAAUGAAGAAGAAAGAAGCAAGAAUGAAGAAGCAAGAAUGAAGAAGAAAAAGCAAGACGCAAUAAGUAAGAACGAGGAGGCAAGAUACAAGAUGCAAGAAGCAAGAAUGAUGUUGCAAAAAAUAAGAAGCAAGAAUGAAGGAGCAAGAAUGAAGAAGCAAGACGCAAAAAGUAAGAAUGAAGAAGAAAGAAGCAAGAAUGAAGAAGCAAGAAUGAAGAAAAAAAAGCAAGACGCAAUAAGUAAGAACGAGGAGGCAAGAUGCAAGACGCAAGAAGCAAGAAUGAUGUUGCAAAAAAUAAGAAGCAAGAAUGAAGGAGCAAGAAUGAAGAAGCAAGACGCAAAAAGUAAGAAUGAAGAAGAAAGAAGCAAGAAUGAAGGAGCAAGGAGCAAGAAUUAGGAAAAAAAAGAAGAAGAAAAAAACAAUAAUAAAGGGGCAAGAAUUAAGAAGGAAGAAUGAAAUAGCAAGAAUAAAUAAGUAAGAAAAAUAAGAAUUAAAAAGCGAGAAUGACGUAGCAAAAAUGAAGUAGCAAGAAUGAAGUAGCAAGAAUGAAGAAGCGAGAAUGAAGUAGCAAAAACGAAGAAGCAAGAAUUGAGAAGCGAGAAUGAAGUAGCAAGAAUGAAGCAGCAAGCAAAAUUCUUGUUUUAUGGACUGAUUUUCUCGUGGCUCACAACUAUUUCAGUGUCUUUUCUGAUGCAGGUAGUUAGAGGAGAUAUAAAUCAGCAACAUAUAACAAUUUUUUGGGGCUUUUGAACAGAACUUUAAAAAAUUUGGCUCUUUUAGUUUACGCAGUUACGGGGGGAAUAUAGCAGUGGCUUGUCGUGUUUUUAUGAGUUGAAAAAGUAUGUGCUUGCAAUGUUUAUCUUCAUAUAAAUUAGAAAGAACUAUUUGAGUCUAUUAUCUAACAAUAUAGACCAUUUAAAAGAUAUAAUUCUUGAGUUUUUCUGUCUGUCGUUUAGAACCAAAUAUGGCAUGAGUAGAAAAGAGCGAAUUUUUUUAUUUAGUUUGUCAAUUUGAAUUUGUAGAAAUGAAAUUUGAUUUGAAUCAAAUUUCUUUUCUUUUGGUAAGAACAAAUUAGUAAUCUUUGUCGUGAAAAUGUACCCCGAAGGUAUUUUGUAGGCCUAAACUAAAGAUACCGAGUGUGGUUUUGAAAUAGUCUAAAAAUAUCAAUGAUUAUAUAGAAUCAAAAAUUGGUUACUAUAUUUAAACUCUGUUAUUAAUAUCCAAGCAUUGAAUUAUGACCUAUUUUCAGCCUUUUCUAGAGUUAGGCCUAGAUAUUUCAUAGCA